AUUCCCACCGUUUCUCCCAUGAAAUCAGAACACAUUUCAAUUUCAGACAUCAAAACCAAUUUUCUCAGCAACUUUCAGGGAAAAUGUCUGGCCGUGGAAAGGGAGGCAAGGGUCUGGGCAAAGGGGGAGCCAAACGGCACCGUAAGGUCCUCCGCGACAACAUCCAGGGCAUCACCAAGCCCGCGAUUCGCCGUCUGGCUCGCAGGGGCGGUGUGAAGCGUAUCAGCGGACUGAUCUACGAGGAGACCCGCGGAGUACUGAAGAUAUUCCUCGAGAACGUGAUUCGCGACGCAGUAACAUACACCGAGCACGCGAGGAGGAAGACUGUCACGGCCAUGGAUGUCGUUUACGCCUUGAAGAGGCAAGGAAGGACUCUGUACGGGUUUGGAGGCUAGAUUGUGUACCAGUUGAAGGAUUGCUGUGCCAGUUCUUCCUCUGAUUAAUGAACCAAUUAUUUUUUGGUGUCGUUGAAACAUGUAAUGAUCCUUUGCAAUUAACAAUUCCCUCGAUUUCCUGUUUCA